AAGUUAAGAAUUGGUAAAGACAUAUUCGCCACAACAUGAAAGUUUACUUUCUGCUAUUCAGCUUAAUUGUAACAAGUUGUGUAGCAGUUGAAAAAUAUCCAAGUAAAUACGACGACGUCGACGUUGAUAGGAUACUUCAAAAUGGACGUGUUCUUACCAAUUACAUUAAAUGUAUGUUGGGUGAAGGGCCUUGUACCAACGAGGGUAGAGAACUGAAAAGAACAUUACCAGAUGCGUUGUCUACGGGUUGCAGUAAAUGUAAUGAAAAACAGAAAAUUACUGCAGAAAAGGUAAUAAAUCAUCUCAGAAUUAAAAGGCCUACAGAUUGGGAACGACUUACUGCAAGAUACGAUCCUAAUGGGGAAUACAUGAAGCGUUACGAAAAUACCCAAGCUGCCAAAAAGACAUAAAUUUGUUAUUUAUAAAUUUAAUAUUAAGAAAUACGAUUUAAUUUGUAUAAUUAAAAUAAUUAAAACAUACAUGUAGUUUGUAAUGUUCAAAAGGACACAUAAAAUUCUUUAGGGAUUUUAUAUUAGGUGCCAAAUUGAACCAAAUUUUUUUAUUAUUUCGUACAUUAAUGUAUUAGAUAUAAGAAACCUAUAAUAAAAAAUACGAAAGUGGUAAAUGUAA